CUGCGGCUCGCUGCGCCCAGGCCUCCCGAGGGGCCGCGGCCGGGCGGUGGCAGUGCGGGCAUGUGCCUGCCCUGCCUGGGUGCUGGCGGGGACCGCACGCAGCUCUGACCGGGGUACCUGUUUGGAAGAUAAUCAGACUCUCGGCGGGUCAGAGCCGGAAGAAGAGCGUGCGCAGACGGGGACUCUUCCGCCGCCGGGCCGGUUUGGUGUGCCGGGGCUGGCGGGCGGCGCGAAGGGGGCUGCGGCGGCGCGGCUGGAGCGCCCGGCCGCUGUCUGCUCCCGGCUCCCGGCUCCCGCCUGCGCGGCGACGCUCGGCGACAGACCCUGUGCCGGCGGACAGGCCCUCGGCUGGGGCGGGCGGGAAGCAGCCAUGCGAAGCCGUCCGGGGCACUUCGUGGAUCUGCGGCUGAAGCAGCGGAUUAAGCAGUAUCUUGCAAGUAAUAAAUGUGGCCAAUAUGUUGACAUGAGGAUCCUAGCAUCUGAUUUGCAGAAAACCUACAGUGUAGAAUAUGGACGAAGAAAAAGAAAUGCUUUUAGACUGCAAGUCGAAAAAGUGUUUGGAAUAAUCAGUAACGAAAAGGAACAAGAAGAUUUAGCAGGUUUAGAAGCUGAACAUCUGGCAAAAAGAGCAAGACAACAAGAGAAGAAUGAGACUACAGGGAGUGCCACAGAUACUUCUGAUUAUGAUGAUUAUCCAGAAGAUCUAUCUACAAAUCACAUGAACAGUUCUCUGCUGAGCUUGUACAAGAAAGGGAAUCCCAAUUCCACUCCAACCACUCCAAAAAGUGAACCAAUGGAAACCCCUGCUCCUGUGAGAACAGCACCUCAAACAAGCACCCUCUCACCAGGAACACAGGUUGGAACACGCGUCUCCGAUGGUGGCUGGUUCAUUGAUAAAACUCCCUCUGGAAAAGACUUUUUCACUGACCUUUCUGAGGAUGGAGAAGGAGAUGGAAAGAAACUGAUUUCUGAGAAAUCACCAGAGUUUUCAGUAUUGGAGAGUGAAAGGAAGAAGACAAAGGGUAAGAGAGCAAAAAGGAAAAAGGAAGAAUCUGCGGAUGUAGAUGGCGAAAUUAAUUCUGCCUUACUUAAAGAAAAAGUUAGAAGGAAGGGACCAGAGCUUUACCAUCCUUCAGUGAAGUUUGAGGAUGUGGGAGGCAAUGACGAAACUUUAAAGGAAAUAUGCAAGAUGCUCAUUCAUCUCCGUCACCCUGAAGUCUAUAACCAGUUAGGUGUGGUUCCACCUCGUGGUUUUCUUUUACAUGGACCACCAGGCUGUGGAAAGACACUGCUUGCACAGGCAAUUGCUGGGGAACUUGAGCUGCCAAUGCUGAAAGUAGCAGCAACAGAGAUGGUAUCUGGAGUGUCAGGAGAAUCUGAGCAGAAACUGAGGGAAUUAUUUGAGCAGGCUGUGUCCAGUGCACCAUGUGUCCUUUUCAUUGAUGAGAUUGAUGCAAUCACCCCAAAAAGAGAAGUGGCAUCGAAGGACAUGGAGAGGAGGAUUGUUGCUCAGUUCCUAACCUGCAUGGAUGACUUGAACAAUGUGGCUGUCACUACUCAGGUCCUCGUUAUCGGAGCAACCAACAGACCUGACUCACUGGACCCUGCGCUGAGGCGAGCUGGGAGGUUUGAUCGAGAAAUUUGUUUAGGGAUCCCAGAUGAACAAGCCAGAGAAAAAAUUCUUCAGACCUUGUGUCGAAAACUUAAGCUCCCAGAGUCCUUUGAAUUUAAUCACUUAGCACGGCUGACUCCGGGUUAUGUCGGUGCUGAUCUGAUGGCACUUUGUCGUGAAGCAGCUAUGUGCACAGUGAACAGGGUCCUGAUAAAAUCUGAAAAGCAGGAAAGGAAACACAUGCACACUGAAGGAACCACUGCUGAAGAGAACACGGGAACAGGAGCAGACAUCAUGGUAGAAGAGGAUACCAGGCAAUUAGAGCUUCCUCCUAAGGAUGAAUUGCAGAGACUUCUGGAUUUGCUGAAGAAGCAGGAGCCCUUGCCUGAGGAGCAGCUGCAGAAGCUGUGCAUUGAGAUGAAUGAUUUUAUUGUUGCACUGUCAUCAGUGCAGCCCUCUGCCAAGAGAGAAGGCUUUGUCACAAUUCCUGAUGUGACAUGGGCAGACAUUGGAGCCCUGGAGGACGUUCGGGAGGAGCUGACUAUGGCAAUAUUGGCACCUGUGCGAAACCCUGAGCAAUUUAAAGCUCUGGGCCUGACUACUCCAGCUGGUGUCCUUCUUGCAGGGCCUCCUGGGUGUGGCAAAACACUGUUAGCUAAGGCUGUGGCAAAUGAAUCUGGACUGAACUUCAUAUCUGUGAAAGGUCCUGAACUGCUAAAUAUGUACGUUGGUGAAAGUGAACGUGCUGUACGUCAGGUAUUCCAGCGUGCCAGGAAUUCUGCCCCUUGUGUUAUAUUUUUUGAUGAAGUGGAUGCUUUGUGCCCUCGAAGGUCUGGCCAUGAAUCAGGAGCCAGUGUCAGAGUUGUUAACCAGUUACUGACAGAGAUGGAUGGUCUGGAGAAUCGUCAGCAGGUUUUCAUUAUGGCUGCCACAAACAGGCCAGAUAUAAUUGACCCAGCUAUCCUACGUCCUGGUAGACUGGAUAAAACACUGUAUGUUGGUUUGCCACCACCUGAAGAUCGACUUGCUAUUUUAAAGACCAUCACCAAAGAUGGCACCCGGCCUCCCCUCGAAAGCAGUGUAAGCCUUGAAGAAAUUGCCUACAGUCAGCACUGUGAUUGUUACACAGGGGCAGACCUUUCUGCUCUAGUGCGUGAGGCUUCCAUUUGCGCCUUGAGACAGGAGAUGGCCCAGCAGAAUGCUCAAAGCAAGAAAGGAGGAAUCAAGGUUUCCCGUAAACAUUUUGAAGAAGCUUUUAAGAAAGUGAGAUCAUCAGUGUCACAAAAGGAUCAAAGAAUGUAUGAAGAACUGCAUCACUCCCUGUGCAGGUGACACGUUUGGACAAUUCCCAGAAGAGAAUAACACCUAUGGCACCUAAUUUUUCAAGAGACAGGUUGGAAAGAAGCCAUACUGAAUCACUUAGCUUUUUUAACUACCAGGAAAAAAGGUCCUCACAACCUACUAAAGCAUUCUUGGCUACUUGCAGAAUAAAAAAAAACAGAAUACACCCUUCCUGCUCAUCACCAUUUACAUAAAAAUGUGCUACAGUGUGCUUUUAGUGCCAAAGAGGUAGAACCAUUCUGAUAUGGUUGGUGCCCUCAAUCAGAAAUCCAUCAGAAGCCUAAAGCCUAACCCUGCAAAGUGUUUACACAGCUCCAGGUGCUGUUUACAACCUCAGAUGAAAGCUGCUGCUUGCAAGAACUCUGGAGGAAUCACUGGAAGAACAAAGCUGUGAAAGCAGACUGGGGAAGUGCCAUACUGUAUCUGAUCAUACCAUUAGUCAUGCCUUUCCCAAAUACAGUGACAAGUUAUGAUUGUGCCAGCACAGGUUCUCACAGCUUCUCUUCACCUUAGCAAAAGCAGCUAUCCACAGAUGGCAAGCUGGCAGGAGAGAGUCAAGUUUGAAAACCCAGGGAGUGCUAUGAUACAAUUUAACAGCUACCUAAGAAACAUUUGAAACUGGAAGCUGUGUAACAAGCCCUUUCUCUUGUU